CUUCGAUCUCCACAUGUCUACGAAACUCAUUCUCGUCCUAGGUGCGACUGGAGCGCAAGGUCUUGCCGUCGUAGACGCUCUUCUCGCCCCAGCAUCCGAUGGAUCUCCUUCACCUUACAGUGUCAGGGCUCUCACUCGUAAUCCCCAGAAUGAGCGUGCGCUGAGUUUGAAGGCUCGCGGAGUUGAGGUCCUGCAAGGGAAUACGGACGACCUCGAUUCUAUGGAAGCGGCUCUGACGGGUGUCUAUGGCGCCUGGAUCAAUAUUGACACGUUCACGGUGGGAGAGAUGAAAGAGAUGUGGUCUGCGAUGCGGAUAUACGAGCUGGCGAAGAAGGUUGGGGUGAAGCAUUUCGUUUGGAGCAGUCUCGAAUAUAUCACUAAGAUCGCGAACUACGACGAGAAAUAUCGGGUCGAGCACUACAAUGCUAAGGGACGAGUAGCCGACUGGUUGAAAGCUCAGCCGUCUAUCGUCAGCGAGAAUGAGAUGUCUUGGUCCGUAGUAUCCACGGGUCCUUACAUGGAUAUGCUCUAUGAACUAUUCGCGCCCGUACAAGCUCCUGAUGGUACAUUCGUCUUCGCGGCCCCCAUCGGUGACGGCCAUGCCGCAAUGAUCGCUCUUGCCGACAUUGGAUUCUUCGCGAGGUAUACCUUCGAUAACAGGGAGCUCACCAGCGGGAAAGAUCUGGAGGUCGCAAGUGAAGUAAUCGGCUGGGAGGAUUUGGCGAAAACGUUCACGAACGUGACGGGACAGAAAGCCAUUUACUUGCGACUUAGUCUUGAUGAAUGGUUUGACCUCUUCAUAGAUGCGGAUCUGCCUCUGGCGGGAGAGCGCAAGAAAGGCGACGGAUCGUGGACCUUUAGACAGAACUUUUCGGGAUGGUGGAAUGUUUUCAAGGACGACCUGUUGAAGAAGGACAUGACAUGGUUGCGUGACGUGCACCCGAACGGAUACACCGUUGCAAGGUGGAUAAACUUGCCACUAGAGAAAUUCGGUGACUGA